CUUAGUUCCGAGGCAGUCAACGAGUAGAUGAGGAACAUGCCAAACGCUUUGUGUAUCCCUCACCGGAACAACUAAACAUGUAACACACAACGCCUAUACAUUCGCCCCUUGUGGUGAAGGAGCGUGAAGAAUUAAGGAACUGGAUCGUUGGCUUCUUUCAAUCGAGGGGAGAUACCUUACCUCAAAGGCCGACCCCAUCAAGUACUGGGUGGACCGCCGAUUCGAAUAUUCCCGAUUGGCAAAGAUGGCCUUUGACGUGCUCAACGUCCCGCCGAUGGCAGCCGAGUGUACACGGCUCGGGACUGAAGUGAUCUCUGCCGCCCAGACGAUUGGAUCAGACAUCUCCGUGGCUCAGCUAGAAAUCCCGACCAUCUUGAUCUUCGAGUUCCUGAGUGAAAACAACAAAAGCGCGAGAACGGCAACACAAAUCGCCAUAAGACGAGCCUAUUUCGCCGCUCAACCCCGGACUCACUACCUCCUAGAGCAACAACAAAUUAUGGCCAUUCAUAUGCAAGGGCGCUGCGUCUGCAACAAGCUGCAGUACUCGCUCCAUCUCAACUCACCGGAGGCCGCCCGCACGACGCUCUGUCACUGCUCCAGUUGUCGCCGCGCGUUUGGCACAAAUUACGGCCUGACUGCGAAGGUUCCCCUGGAGGCCUUCAAGUAUGAGAACGGUUCGCCAAAGAUGUACAAGCAGAAAAACGGCGUGACGAGAGAGUUCUGCGACAGUUGUGGGGCUUAUAUCUGCGAAUAUGGUGAAGAGGCAGCCGACAAGUUCCGCUACAUCAUGUGGGGAUCGCUCGACGAGCCUGAGAAGGUUCCGCCCAAGGGCGAGUUCUUUUGCAAGAAUCGACCAGAUUGGAUGCCCGAGCUUGAAGGUGUGUUUCACAAGAGAGAGAUCAAGGAGUGA